AAUCUGUCAUCUUUUAAGAAACUUUAAUUAGAAGAAAAUGUAACAAAAAAUUCAAAAAUUUAAUAAACAUGGCGAAUACGGGUGUACUACCUUUUGUUAGGGGCGUUGAUUUCACCAAUAAUGAUUUUAGUGAUGGUAAAUUUCCCCAAGCAAUGAAGCUAAUGACUGGAGUGCAAUGGUUAAAAUUAGACAAAACCAAUUUGUCAGAAAUUCCUGAAGAAAUGGGAAAACUUAUAAAAUUAGAACAUUUAUCCUUGAAAAGAAAUUGUUUAGAAAAACUAUAUGGUGAAUUAACAGAAUUGAGAUGCUUAAGAAGUUUAAAUAUAGGUCAUAAUAAUAUCAAAAGUUCUGGUAUACCUGUUGAUUUGUUUCGAUUAGAUGAAUUGAGUACAUUAGAUUUAUCUUUUAAUAAAUUAAAAGAAAUACCAGAAGGUUUAGACAAAGCAAAAGGACUAUUAGUUUUAAAUUUAAGCCAUAAUCAAAUUGACAGUAUUCCUACACCAUUAUUUAUCAAUCUGACAGAUUUGUUAUUUUUGGAUUUAUCUCAUAAUCUCUUAGAAACACUACCUCCACAAACAAGACGUUUGGUUAAUUUGCAAACAUUAAUUCUUAGUCAUAAUCCUUUGGGGCUAUUUCAGUUAAGGCAACUACCAUCACUCCAAAGCUUAGAAAUACUGCACAUGAGAAACACGCAAAGAAAUCUUAAUAAUUUUCCAUCACAAUUAGAUUCUUUAUCAAAUCUGUCUGAGUUGGAUCUGGCACAAAAUUCUUUACCAAAAAUUCCUGAUGCUUUAUAUUCAUUGAUUAAUUUAAAAAGAAUAAAUUUAUCAGAAAAUGAAAUUAGUGAAGUUUCUAAUUCAAUAGAAUUUUGGCAAAAGCUUGAAACCCUUAAUUUAUCUAGAAAUAAAAUUAAAGCUUUGCCAAGUUCUUUAUGCAAAUUGAAUUUUUUAAGAAGAUUAUAUGUCAAUGAUAAUGAAUUAGAUUUUGAAGGAAUUCCAUCAGGUAUUGGUAAAUUAGGUUCACUAGAAGUGUUUUCUGCGUCAAAUAAUAAAUUGGAAAUGAUACCUGAAGGAUUGUGCAGAUGUGGAUCCCUGAAAACUUUGAACUUGAGCAGUAAUUGCCUAAUUACUUUACCUGAAACGAUACAUCUUUUAACUGAUCUGCAUUCACUUGAUUUGAGAAAUAAUCCAGAUUUACACAUGCCUCCAAAGCCACUUGAUCCUCAAAGAGGUUCAGGUGUUGAAUUUUAUAAUAUAGAUUUUUCACUUCAGCAUCAAUUAAGGCUUGCAGGUGCUUAUGUUCCGACGCCUGUUACACAAAAUAGUACAAACCGAGAUCCCAUAGCUAGAAAAUUAAGAUUACGACGCGGAAAAAGAACAGAUGAAUCAACUGAAGCAGAUCAAGACCAAGCUAAAAUCCUUAAGGGAAUGAAAGAUGUUGCAUUAGAUAAAAAUAAUACAUGUGAAGAUUAUAAAGUAGAGUCUUUAAAACCAAAGAGAUGGGAUGAAAGUUUAGAAAAACCACCGUUAGAUUAUUCUGAAUUUUUUGACGACGAAGCUGGCCAAAUACCAGGAUUAUCUAUUUGGGAAAUAGAGAAUUUUUUACCAAAUAGAAUUGAUGAAGUUGCACAUGGAAAGUUUUAUGAAGGUGAUUGUUACAUAGUUCUAAAAACUGCUAUUGAUGACUUAGGCCAAAUGUCUUGGGAAAUAUAUUUUUGGAUUGGUGCAAAAGCUACGUUGGAUAAAUGUGCAUGUGCUGCGAUUCAUGCAGUGAAUUUGCGCAAUUAUUUGGGAGCUCUAUGUAGAACAAUUAGAGAAGAGCAAGGAGAUGAGUCUGAUGCCUUUUUGGCAUUAUUCGAUAGUGACAUCACAUAUAUAGAAGGCGGACGUACUAGCAGUGGCUUCUAUACAAUAGAAGAUAUGACCUAUGUUGUUAGACUAUAUCGAGUGCAUGCCGCUGGAUCAUCUGUGCAUCUUGAAGCUCAGCCUGUAAAAUCUGAAUCUUUAGAUCCAAGAUACGUGUUCGUAUUAGACAUAGGAACUAAAAUAUUCAUGUGGUAUGGAAAAAAAUCUAAAAGCACAUUAAAAUCUAAGGCCCGGUUGAUGGCCGAAAAAAUUAAUAAGAAUGAAAGAAAGAAUAAGGCUGAAAUUAUAACAGAAAUUCAAGGAGAUGAAAGUACUGAAUUUUGGGAUGUUUUGAAUUUAGAUGAACGCCCUUAUAUUCCUACUGAACAUGUGCCUGAAGGAUUUGUACCUAUUCCUCCAAGACUUUAUCAAGUACAAUUGGGAAUGGGAUAUCUGGAAUUACCACAAGUCGAAAUAUCUCAAAAUAAAUUAGAACAUACUGUACUUAAUAGUAAAAAUGUUUACAUUUUAGAUUGCCACCUAGACUUAUUUGUUUGGUUUGGAAAAAAAUCAACUAGAUUAGUUAGAGCCGCAGCAUUAAAAUUGUCACAGGAAUUAUUUAAUAUGAUAGAUAGACCGCCAUAUGCACUGGUUACAAGGGUGCAAGAAGGUACAGAAAAUCAGAUAUUUAAAUCUAAAUUUACGGGAUGGGAUGAAGUCAUAGCAGUAGACUUCACAAGAACUGCUGAAAGUGUGGCUCGUACAGGUGCUAAUUUAAUACAAUGGGCUAAAAAUCAAGAAGCGCGCGCUGACUUAGGAGCACUAUUUACUGCACGUCAACCAAUAAUGUCAUCUACGGAAGCAAAACAAUUAGCAGAGGACUGGAAUGAAGAUUUAGAAGCAAUGGAAGCUUUUGUGCUUGAAGGAAAAAAGUUUGUGCGAUUGCCAGAAGAAGAGCAUGGCAUUUUUUAUAGCGGCGAUUGUUAUGUCUUUUUAUGCCGAUACUGGGAACCGCCAGAAGACCUUCCAGAAGGUUCCCAAGAUGAGGAAGAUGAUCCACAGUGUAUUCAUUGCGUUGUUUACUUUUGGCAAGGUCGAGAUGCUGGAAACAUGGGUUGGCUAACAUUCACAUUCACGUUACAAAAGAAAUUUAAAUCACUUUUUGGUGAUCAACUUGAAGUAGUUCGAACACACCAACAACAGGAAAAUCUUAAAUUUAUGGCACAUUUUAAGGGAAAGUUUGUUAUAAAACAAGGAAGACGAAAAUCAUUGGCAGUUUCUUCAAUACCCAAUGGAAACACAAAUGCAAAGUCUGAAAAAGCAGUUGUAGAAUUUUAUCAUUUACGAUCAAAUGGCAGUUCACUGUGCACGAGACUCAUACAGAUCAAAGUUGAUGCAUCACUAUUAAAUUCUGCUUUCUGUUAUAUAUUGAAUGUACCAUUUGAUACUGACGAUGAAUCAGGUAUAGUUUAUGUCUGGAUUGGUUCUAAAAGUGAUCCUGCUGAGGCAAGGCUAGCAGAGGAAAUAGCCGAGUCUUUAUUUAAUAGUCCUUGGGUCAGUUUACAGGUGCUCAAUGAAGGAGAGGAACCAGAUAACUUUUUCUGGGUUGCUUUAGGUGGGCAGAAGCCUUAUGAUCAGGAUGCUGAAUUCAUGCAAUAUACAAGACUUUUCAGAUGUUCUAAUGAAAAGGGAUAUUUUACAGUCUCAGAGAAAUGUUCUGAUUUUUGUCAGGAUGAUUUGGCUGACGAUGAUAUUAUGAUUUUGGAUAAUGGAGAGCAAGUAUUUUUAUGGCUUGGUGCAAAGUGCAGUGAAGUUGAGAUAAAACUGGCAUAUAAGUCUGCACAGGUUUACAUACAACAUUUGAGAGUAAAACAACCUGAGAAGCCAAGAAAGUUAUUUUUAACAUUAAAGAAUAAAGAAAGCAAACGGUUUACCAAAUGUUUUCAUGGCUGGGGUGAACACAAGAGACCGCCAGAGUAAACUCACAGCUAUAUAUUCUUAUAUAUGAUUGAUUAACUUAAAUAACUUUGAUUCAAAGUACGUACCUAUAUAUUGUAGACAUAGUCUUUAAGAUGUUAUUUAUUCUAUUGUUAUUACUAUAAUGACUAGUUGAAUUAAGAAUUG